CCCCUCCAUCACCUGCCUCCCCACUAUCACCUCGGGCUGGCUGCUUCCACAAUGCCUCAAUCCAACCAUGACUACCACAUCCCCAGAUACGGGAUCAAUUCCCAUAUUCCUCCUCAAGACAAAAUCAACACCCCACGACGGGUAUGAAGAGUUCUUCUCCGCUACCAAACUCGCAGGCCAAGACCUCGCACCGACUUUCGUCCCGGUCCUCGAACAUAAGCUCCUGGAGCCAGGUCUAGAUACAGUGCGCCAAUUGCUUCGCUCGCGGCGGAUAAACGAUAGCGGUGAUGAGGGAACGUAUGGAGGGAUGAUCUUUACAUCCCAGCGCGCCGUCGAGGCAUUCGCAAGUCUAGUCGCUGAAGGUCCCCCCUCCUCCACCGACGACACCACCUGGCCCUCCCUCUCCACAACCCCAAUCUACACCGUCGGCCCCGCCACCACCCGCGCCCUGCGCUCCAUCCCCUCCACACCCCCCCUCCAAAUCCACGGCUCGGAGACCGGGAACGGCGAAGCCCUCGCCGGAUACAUGCUCACUCACUACCUCCCCUCCGCCCCCAAGCCACGGCCUCCGCUCCUCUUUCUCGUCGGCGACAACAGGCGUGACAUAAUCCCCAAGACACUCAUGAGCGAUUCCCUCCCACCCACCGAACGAAUCCGUGUCGACGAGCUAGAAGUCUACGGCACGACCACACAAUCCAGUUUCCCCACCGCCUUCGCCUCCAUCCUCUCCUCCUCUUCCUCCGCCAAAACGCGAUGGGUAGUAGUCUUCUCCCCCACCGGGUGCGAAGCCGCCUUACGAGAACUAGGAUUACUAGACGAAGACACGGGCCGCGUGAAGACAGGGGAGAGGGGAGGCGGGUGCGGGAUCAGGAGGGGGAGGCGACAGACGUAUGUCGCUACUAUUGGGCCUACGACGAGGGAUUACUUGAGGAGGGAGUUUGGGUUUGAGGCGGAUGUUUGUGCGGAGGUGCCGAGUCCGGAGGGGGUGGGGGAGGCGAUUGGGAGGUUUAUGGUGGGGUUGGAAUGAUUGAUAUAGGGGUGAGAUUAUGUUGGCAAUAUUACUCGUAUAUAGGAGGCAUGAGAUGAUAUGUGUCAUUCAUUGGGGGAAAGAGAUACUACAGGCUGCCAUUUCUCGCAUAUGUUCGUUUUCGUUACCAACCAACCAACGCUCCCAUCUGCCCUGCUAUACUGUGUAACUUGCGCAGGACGCAGCAAAACAUCAGUUCAAUCUUUUUCUGCCCCCCAAGUGGCUGGUGGUCUCUCCUUUCUUCCCAUUUCCAUAGAUUCGAAAAAUAAAACGUCCGAUUGGGUGGGG